GCGCCUACGCCGCUACAGCGAGUGUACAGCCAAGUCAGUUGAGAGGACACGGGCGGCGCGAGCGCGCGUGUUCGAAUCAAAUAUCGACGAUAACGACUUUACGAUCGAUAAGAUAGUGAUUGUGGAUACAUUGUGGGGAAUUAGUGCAAGAUGUUGCGUGUUCUCCUAAUAGCGGUUGCGGCCGCUACAGCCCUUGCUGCGGACCUGCCGCCAAGCUGUGACAGCAAAGUGUACUGCCACGGCGACCUCCUCCACCAUGUGAUGAUGAAGCGCGUCUAUGAAGACUCCAAGACUUUCGUCGAUCUCCCGAUGAAACAUGACCCGGACACCAUCCUCGCAGCAUUCGACAAGCUUUUAAACGAAACAAACGAUCCCUCCAGAGAACAGGUUAAAGCGUUCGUUGAAGAACACUUCGAUAGCGAAGAUGAACUCGAGGAGUGGUCUCCGCCGGAUUAUUCUAAGAAUCCCGCUUUCCUCACUAGAAUCCGCGACGAAAAACUCAGGACGUUUGCCAAAAAUAUCAAUGAUAUUUGGCCAACUCUGGGUAGAAAAGUAAAGCCCGUUGUAUUUGAAAAACCAGACCACCACAGUCUCAUUCCGAUUUCGCACGGAUUUAUCAUACCUGGCGGGAGAUUCAAGGAGAUUUACUACUGGGACACAUAUUGGAUCAUUGAAGGUCUCCUCAUUUGUGGAAUGCGGGAUACUGCUCGGGGAAUGAUCGAGAACCUUAUUGAGCUGUUGACGAAGUUGGGUCACAUUCCUAACGGAAGCCGAGUAUACUAUAAUGAGCGCAGUCAGCCACCUCUUCUCACAGCCAUGGUCUCUCUGUACUAUAGAGAAACGCAAGACAUAAAAUUCUUAAUGGACAAUAUUGGACAUCUGGAGAAAGAAUUGGAAUAUUGGAGGCGGACGCAAUUCGUGACAUUCCAGAAGAACGGCCGGUCUCACACUUUGCUUAGAUACUUUGCUCCGAGUGAAGGCCCUCGGCCAGAAUCCUACUACGAAGAUUAUGAGGCUGCCCAAAACUUAAGUAGUGAUCCAGCCCGACAGCAAGAAUUCUACACCGAUAUCAAGAGCGCUGCCGAAAGCGGGUGGGACUUUUCUUCCCGUUGGUUUAUCGACGACAAAGGGGAUAAUACGGGGCGCCUCCAAAACAUCCACACGAGAGACAUUAUCCCAGUGGAUUUGAACUCUAUAUAUGCCAAUGCUCUUCAAAAUGUAGCGACGUUCCAAUUGUAUCUAGGAAACCUUGUCAAGGCCGCUGAAUAUGCUUACCGCGCCAGGCAAUUAAGGAAUUCAAUCGAGCAAACUUUAUGGGACGAGCAAGAUGGUAUCUGGUACGACUACGAUAUACUUGACAAUAAGUUUAGAAAGUACUUCUAUCCUAGUAACCUGUCUCCUCUUUGGAUGGGAGCUGUCGAGAAAAGCCGAGUCAGGCAGAAAUCGGCCCGUGUUUUAAAGUAUCUGAAGUUGUCACACGGACUGGACUUCCCUGGAGGUAUUCCCACUUCGUUGAUCCAAAGUGGCCAACAGUGGGACUUCCCUAACGCGUGGCCGCCUCUAAUCAGUAUCGUUGUUAACGCACUUGAGGCCUCCGGAAAUCAGCAAUCGAGGAGAACGGCCUUCCAAGUUGCUCAGACCUGGGUGCGCGCUUGUUUACAGGGAUUCAAUGAAAAUAAGCAGAUGUUUGAGAAAUAUGACGCGGAAACUCCAGGGAAAUUUGGGGGAGGUGGCGAGUAUAAAGUGCAGGAAGGAUUCGGAUGGUCCAACGGUGUUGUGCUGGAAUUCUUGAACAAAUAUGGUACCAUUUUAACCGCUGACGAUUCCGCUCUCUUGGGUCUGGACCCUGCUGACGACCGUUUCUCGGAGAUUGCCAGCGAAAGUUGAUGAAAAUGAACUAUAAGAUGACUAACAGUAGAUUGAUAGGAUCUAUUUUAGAGCAGAAUUUAAUCUACCAUGUGCAAUCUAUUUCAAUAGUCACACAUCUGAGUAUUUCAAUAGUCACACAUCUGAGUGUGUUUUUUAUGAAUAUAAAAAUGCAUCGCUGACUACAUAGAAGCAGCAUUUUUCUUAUUAUUGGGCAUUCCGUUAUCGAUGGGUAUACUAAGAUUUUUUGCAUCAGGUAUUUAUUUAUUUGUACUGAUCUUGAAUGUUAUUUCAAGAUUAGGCUAAAAGCCUAUGGACAAAACUUAAAACGUUUUGAUCAGAAUAAUCAGUGAUAAAAUAGUAGUACCUAUAUCAAUAUUGAAUAUAUAUAUAUAUAUUUAUAUAUAUAUAUAUAUAUAUAUAUAUAUAUAUAGAUAGGACCUUAAAUUAAAAGCCUAAUUUAUGUGAAGUUACCUCAACAUACGCUUACUUGUAGGUAAGUAUAAUAAUAAAUUAAUAAAAUAAACAAGUUACAAGAUUUCAGUAAGUAGGUACCAUGUAUAUAGUUUCUUAUUUUACAGCUAUGGACCUAUGUUUUUGAAUAGAUAAGCUAUUAACAAAAUAAUGUGAUAAUAACAUUUAUUAAGCAUUUCUUGUUAUUUUUUGUUAUAAGGCAUUUAAUUAAGUAAUUCGGUACAUACUAAUACUUGUAUUUUAUAAAAGUUGACAUAAGUCGUUAUUAAUUGUAUUUUAAAGUAGAUAGGUAAGUAUACAAAAACGGUUUGCAAACAUGUAAGUAGGUACCUACUUAAGAACAAUUAAAAUAUUAUUAUAAAUAUUCUAUCCUGCUCGUGUUACUUACAAAUACAUUGACUAUAAUGCCGGCUGUACACGCUCGGCGAGAGCCUCUCGCCGAGAGUCUCGGGCGAGAAGCUGUUGACGAGAACACACCAUGUACACACUCGUUGAAUCAUUUAAACCGCGGAUUCCCGCCACGAUGGACAUAGAAACUGUUGCUGUUGGACUCUCGUUGGACCAAACUUUAACGGCUGAUCACCAAAACGCGUCUUUACAGAAACACACCGAGUAAUUAUUGAUAGUAAUAUUUAACAUACGUGUGGUGGUAAUUUGCAUUUGUGAUGUCUACCCCCCAUUUGUUGAUAGAUUUUUGUCGGGUAGUUACACAAAUCUCUGUUUUAACAAUGAGUGUGUACAUGCUCUGCCUCGCUGCCCUCGCGAGAGCAGCGAUACUCUUUGACUCGGCCGCAAAAAACCGACCGCAUUCGGGGAACGGCGAGACGAGACAAGACGAGAGCAGUCUGUAGUUCUGUACACACUCGCUCUCGGCCUGUCUCGGGGUGUCUCGACGAGAGUGUACAGCCGGCAUAAGCAUUUAAUUUAUAGAUGGUCAAGCAGAUCUUGUCAGUAGAAAAAGGCGGCAAAUUUGAAAAAUGUAGGCGCGAAGGGAAAUCGGCUCAUAGAAAAUUUGAAUAUCGCGCCUUUUUCUACUGACAAGAUUUGCUUGACCAUCUUAUAUAUAAGCACGAUUAAAUUCUAAAAUGGAUACAGUCAAGUUUUUUUUAACAGGAUAGGAAAGGUUUUUUUCUUUAACUUGUACUUUUUGCUGGACGAUCAUUUUUUUCGUGGAAUUAGAAUUCAAUAUUAGUCAGAUUUUAAUGUACCGUCAUGUUCAUGUAUUUAUUACAAUGGUAUCAAAAAUGUUGACUCAAAUCUUAUGUUACCUACCUACGGUAUGUAAAAAAAAUGUCUUGAUAUUGUUAAUAUUGUUAUAGAUGUAUUAAUUGUUCCUACCAUAUCCUACGUAAACUAAAUAGCUAUAAUCUAUAUGUAUAUUUUAUUCAUGGUAUAAAUUUUAAAGCAGUAUAAUUAAUUGUUGUAUUAGUUUUAAUAACAUUAUUAACAUACCCCGGGGUUUUGGGUGCAGGAAUGUUUUUCAUUAGCCAAAUAAUAGGUAAACACUUUCAAAACAGUAAAUAUUCUAACAUUUCUAAGCGUAUUUGUUGCUUACUAAAUAUUUUUAAUUAAUAGUUUGGUAACUAUUUUAUUUACAAUAAACUAAGUUAUAAAUUCACGAAACAUUCCCACACCCAAACCCCGCGGUCUGAUUAUUAAUUAAUAUUUAAAUAUGUAGUGUUUGAAAAUAAAAGGCUGUGUCUUUA